AUGGUGAAUAACUUUGGGGGCGGGGAUCUAUUUUCACAGAGUUUAGGAGUUGACACUCUUCCUCCUCCGGACCCCAAACCACCCAGAGCUGAAUUUAACUACAGUGUGGGUUUUAAAGAUUUAAAUGAGUCCUUAAAUGCACUGGAAGACCAAGAUUUAGAUGCUCUCAUGGCGGAUCUGGUGGCAGAUAUAAGCGAGGCUGAGCAGAGGACAAUUCAGGCACAGAAAGAGUCCUGUCAGAAUCAGCAUCAUCCAGCAUCCCUGGAGGUACCAGAUUUCAGCGGGGCAGCAGCUCUUGGUUAUGGAGCAAGUGUUGCUGCCAUUAGUGUUAGCCAAUAUGAGGAUGACUUACCACCUCCACCAGCUGAUCCCAUGUUAGACCUUCCUCUGCCACCACCACCUCCUGAACCUCUCUCUCAGGAAGAAGAAGCAGCCCAAGCCAAGGCUGAUAAAAUUAAGCUAGCAUUGGAAAAACUGAAGGAGGCCAAGGUCAAGAAGCUUGUUGUCAGGGUGCACAUGAAUGAUAACAGCACUAAGUCACUGAUGGUGGAUGAGCGGCAAUUGGCCCGAGACGUUCUAGACAACCUUUUUGAGAAAACCCAUUGUGACUGCAACGUAGACUGGUGUCUUUAUGAAAUAUACACAGAACUGCAAAUUGAAAGGAUUUUUGAAGACCAUGAAAAUGUUGUUGAAGUCUUAUCAGACUGGACAAGAGACACAGAAAAUAAAGUGCUGUUUCUGGAGAAAGAGGAAAAAUAUGCUGUAUUUAAAAACCCCCAGAAUUUUUACCUGGAUAACAAAGGAAAAAAAGAAGGAAAGGAAACAAAUGAGAAAAUGAAUGCUAAGAACAAGGAAUCCUUACUUGAGGUAAGUUUAAUUUUGCUGAGUGGAAGAAAAGAGAAGGUAAUCCUUAGUUGUGCCGUCAAGGACAGCCUUGAAAAAUUAUUAGCUGUCAACUCAGUUAAGGUUAUUUUUUUCCUUGUCUUUCAGACAUCUCGAGAUCUGGCAUGUUUUAUACAGUUUGAAAAUGUCAACAUUUAUUAUGGGAUUCAGUGUAAAAUUAAAUAUAAAGCACCCACUGACUACUGCUUUGUUUUAAAGCAUCCCCAAAUUCAAAAGGAGUCCCAGUAUAUCAAAUAUCUCUGCUGUGACGACGCGAGAACCCUAAACCAGUGGGUCAUGGGAAUAAGGAUUGCCAAGUAUGGAAAGACUCUCUACGAUAACUAUCAGCGGGCUAUGGCGAGGGCCGGGCUCGCCUCCCGGUGGACAAACCUGGGCACUGUGAGCGCAGGACCACCAGCUCCGCCGGCCCCACCUGCUACAGGACUUAAAAUAGGAACCACCCAGGCCAAUGGUCAGAUUCCCCAGGCUGCACAUUCUGUUAGCGCUGUUCUCGAAGAAGCCCAGAGGCAUGCAGAAACAACUAAGGACAAGAAGCCAGCCCUUGGUAACCACGAGCCAGGAGCGCCGAGGGCGCACCAGCUUCCCAAGUCCAGCCUGCCACCGCCCCCUCCCUUGCGGCGGUCUUCAGACUUCUGCAGCAGCCCGAAGCCAUCCCCCAGGGCCAAGGGCCCGGGCGGCGGCUUCCCGGCCCCGCCCGACGACUCUCUGCCGCCCCCCCCGCCACCGCCGCCCCUGGAGGACGACCAGCUCCCUCCGCCGCCCCCCGAUUUCAACGACGCGCCCCCGGACUUCGUGCCUUCCCCACCGCCGUCGUUCGCAGGGGAUGCGGGCUCUCCGUUGCCGCCCCCUCCCCCGCCCCCACCUGCACCUGCCCCCGAAGCCGCGAAGCCGCCCGCCCUUGGCGUCAAAAGACCUCCAGUCCCCCCGAAGAGGAAAGAGAACCCAGCACCGCCCGGCGGGGGAGGCAGCGGAGAGCAAGAUUUCAUGUCCGAUCUAAUGAAAGCUUUGCAAAAGAAAAGAGGCAACAUAUCCUAAGGGAAAUGGAUCAGUAUCUUCUUGUGAUGGGCAUAAUCACUUCUCACCUCAAGUGCAUUUUUACUACUUUAUUUCCGUGACAUCUUGUUCAUUUUCGAUAAAAUAUUGACCCAUUCAGACGAGAAAUGAUGUAAAAUGUCUCACUGUAGCUCAAACACAUUCAUAACCAUUAACCUAACACAGGAGUUAGAGUCUCUGCUAAAUGUAUGUAUCUUAACUGUUUCCACUUCUGUGAAUGCAUCUUCCCUUCCAAGUUAACUAAAAUGUUUUUUAUGUUCCUUUAUUUUACCAUGUUCAGAAGCAUCAAAUUAAUAAAAGUUAAAUUUUUUUUUCUUGGA